GGAAAAUCAGUUAAGGACAGUGCGAAGUGCUUUAACUCAAAUCAGUAAUGUUCGCAGAUUAUCACCAUCUGAAGAACAAGAAUUAAAUGACAUCAUAGACUUUCUAGAAAAUCCUGAUGCUCCACCCACUGACCUUACUAUCCGGCAAUUACAAUCUGCUUUAGAAAACUCUAGUUUGGUUGAUACUGAUAAUUUAGCGAGCGAUGCAACUAAGAAAGCCAGCCUAAUCAACACGAUGAAGGCUUAUCGGGAUGCUGAUAAUCAGGCCUUAGAUUUAACCCA